UGUCCAUCAAGCUCUGUCGCGAUCAUGUCGGCCAUCAUCAAGGGCAAGAAGGAGUACCUCGCCGACCAGAAGGCCUUCAUGGCCCACUUCCAGGCGCGUCCGCUCGCGCUGCAGCUGGUCAAGUCGACCCUGCUCCAGGGCCUCUUCAUCGUCAACGGCUACGUCGAGUCGCUCGACCUCGAGAACGACGACGAGAGCGACGACGACGAGCCCAAGGCCGACAAGCCGGCCUUUGUCGCGCCGUCGCCGCGUGAGUUUGUGAUUCGCUGCCAGCUGCACUGCGUCAAGACGCUCAGCAACACGACGGUGCUGCGCUCGCUCGAGUUUAUCUCGAUCCGCAUCUUCGACGUGCGCGUCGCUGGUAAGCUCGUCAAGGACGUCACCAAGUCGGCUCUGCGCAAGUACGCGCGCCACCAAAGCGCGACGACGGCUGCGCUCCAGAUCGUCAAGACCGGCGUCCGCGCGUCGGUGCUUGGCAGCGUCGCGAUCUUCCUCGUCGAGGAGAUCAUUGCGAUCUACCACGCGAUCCAGCGCAAGCUCCAGGCGACGGCUGUCGAAACCGAGCGCCAGUUGCUCCAGGUGACGGUGCUGGGCCUGCGCCGCUGCGGCCUCGCCAUCGUCGGGUCCGCGGCCGGCGGCGCCAUCGGCACGCUCGUCUCGCCUGGCAAGGGCACGCUUGUCGGCGCUCUCGUCGGCGAGACGCUCGCGUAUUCGCUCUAAAGCGUCGUAUAAGCCCCGGACAGCAAUCCAUCCUAGACUUUGUUGGCC